CUGGAGCUGUCCGUGCUGCACGCGCCAACCGACAACUGACGGUGAGAUGUCCCGGGUGAAGCAGGUAGGUCUGCUGGCAGCAGGCUGUCAGCCCUGGAACAAAGAUGUGUGUGCUGCCAGUGGAGAGCGCUUCGCCUACUGCGCCACUCUGGCUAUAUACAUCUACCAGUUGGACCAGCAGUACAAUGAAUAUAAGUUGAGGUCCAUCAUGUCUGAGCACAAGAAGACCAUCACAGCCAUCAGCUGGUGUCCUGACAACCCAGACUUGUUUGCAUCAUCCUCAGCUGAUAACCUGCUCAUUAUAUGGAACGUAGCUGAACAAAAGGCUGUUGCCCGACUGGACAACACUAAAGGUGUCCCUGCCUCAGUCAGCUGGUGCUGGAACCUAGCUGACGGAGUGGCCUUUGUCUCCCAACGUGGUCCGCUGUACAUCUGGGUGUAUGGAGGGCCUGACCCGGGGGUCACAGUGCAUAAAGAAGCCCACUCCUUCCUGUCAGACAUCUGUCUCUUCAGAUGGCACCCAACCAAGAAAGGCAAACUGGUGUUUGGACACACAGAUGGAAGUUUGUCUGUUUUUCAGCCAGGGAGUAAAGGCCAAAAGCACGUGUUGCGUCCCGAGUCAUUGGAAGGGACAGAUGAAGAGGACCCAAUCAGCGCUCUGGAAUGGGACAUUCUGUCAACUGACUAUUUACUAGGUUGGACAAAAUAUUAACAUCAUCACCAGGAUUAUAUCUGCUGAAGUUAUUUGAAUUUAAAAAGAGCAAAACAAUAACAACAAGACAAACAAAAUGGAACAAUAAACUCAAUUUUUAUUUAUACUACAUAACGUUAUUGCAGUGGCGAACCGAAUCACAACUGUAGACCUUCCGCGGCAUUAUAAUGUCCAUCUUUUCACUGAAUUGUCGUCUUGAAAAGGGUACUCAUAACAAUUCCGCAACAACUU